AUCCUAUUGGCUAGAGGCGGCUUGUCGACGUGACGCAGCCAGGAAUUCCCAAAGUUCCCAAGUUCACGGGAAGAGAGCUGCGUUGUGCAUAAAACAAAACGUUUACAAGGAAAUAGAACAACCGGAGACUGAGGAUAGCUGAACCCUCCCGUGCUGUGCCAAGUUGAGCCUGAAGGGGGCGAUGUCUGACAACAGCAAUAGCACAGGCAGCACCGGCUCCUCCACCAACAGCUGGACCCUCCUCUCCCCCGAGGAAGCAGCUGUUGAGAUUGUCGGGUCAGUUGAUGACGGCACUGAGAGUCUGAGCGAUGUCCCCAGUCUCUCUGAGGAGUUGGCAGGAGCUGCUGCAGAAUUCAAACCCACUGACAUUCCAGUAGAAACUAUCCUGUCUGAGGAGGGACAUCAGAUUUGUCAAGAGACAUCUCCAGAGUCCAGUGAGGGUCCCAUCCCUUCCAGUCCCAGCCGGUUGAGCCCAUCCCCCUCCCACCUCCUCGACCCUUCGGAGGUCGACCUGGAGAGUCAGCCUCCAGUUAUCCAUGAUAUUGUAACCAGCUCACCCAGUGACAACGAACACCUCGGUGCCAUUCCGUUUGUCACCAACAUCGAUUUGGGGACUCCACUCGAUAUUCCUGCCUGUGAGCUCCUCCCAGCUGAACCCGAGGAGUCCUGCACAGAUGUCCCUGAGUCCGCAGAACCAGUGUUUGACAUACCUGCCGAUACUGCACCAAUUAGUUUGACACCUGCUGAGGAGAGUCCUGUCUUCUCUGCAGAACCAGAGGUUAAUGUCCCCACAGAGACCUUUACAGCAACUGACUCUUCCUCUCAUGUUGAAGCUGAUAUCAACCUCAGUCAAGAAAGUACCGAACCACUGGGCUCACUCCCAGAGAGCGAUGUGACACAAUGUCCCACUGAUAAGAGUCCAGCUCCGACUGAGGCAACAGGGGACUCAGCUGUGGAAAAAGAGGAGACAGAUCCAUCUGAGACAGUGUCCCAGGAUGUAGAGGAGGAAGAAGAGCAAGAGCCAUCCAGUAGCUUGGAAUACGGGGACACAAUUAGCCACGAUGAUGACAAUGGACUAAGACGGAGAAACGUGCCCGCCUUCGAGGCUCUGAGGCCGAGAACAUCAGAUGAGGAGGACGAGGAAGAGGAAGUGGAGUUCAAGCUUACAGAGAAGAAGAAAGAGGAAAAGCCCUGGCUCUCCUUGAACACGUGCAUCGCAGGAGCUCUGGUCCUGCUGUUCCUCGGUUCCCUCUUCCUCUCAGGUUUCCUCUCUGACCUGGAUAAUGGUGACUUUGACGCCUCCGAAGUGAGCGACGGAGAACAAAGCCAGGACUGGCUUAGCGGUGAUCCACAGGAUAUGAAAGAGCUUUUGGAUAAACUGACACAGGAAAAGCAACAAAUAACUCAGCUAGAAGCUCAACUACAGUCCCAAAAAGAAGAACUAGAUGCAGCACUGAAGGCGGUGGCAGUGAGUGGUGAUGAAACAGAAAAGGCCGAUCUGGAAAAAGAAAAUGUGAAGUUGAAGGAGGAGCUGUCAUCACUGCCUGACCUGAAGAAAGAGCUGGAGGCUCUGAGGGCCAGAGUGACUGAACUGAGUGAGCUCACAGCUCCAAAGGAAAUACCCCCGCCUACGUCAACACCCGUUCUUCAGCCUGAUAUAAGUGAUGGUCCGAACCUACCAGAACCGAACCAGAAGGCAGCCGGACCUGAGAGGAGGAAGGAUGCGGUUGAGGGGGUCAGGAUGAAGGAGGAGCUCCAAAGACAAAAGGUUCUUCUGGAGGAGAGCAGGAAGAGACUGGAAGGGAUGAAGAAGGGCGGAGGCGACAGGAAACAUGUCAGAGAUAACCUGGUGGAGAUCCAGAAGAAGCUCUCCGAACAGGUGGAGAGGUGGGGCAGAAAGAAGCCGCAGGAGUCCAAAUGGAAAGGGAACAAAGGCAAAGGCAAUGAGCGGGACCACUGGAAGAAAGACGAGAAGAAAGAGCAGAGAGGCGAGAAAGAGUGGAAGCACAGCAAAGACGGAGGGUGGAAGGAGAAGGAGAAGCAAAAGCAGAACUCUCACAAAGAACCGUGGAGGAAACACCAGGACGAGUGGGAGAGGAAGAAAGACGAGCGCAGGAUGGACAGGGAGGAGAGGAGGAAGGAGAAACCGUGGCACAGCAAGCACGACAAGAGCUCCCACAGCCACCAUCAGCACCACCAUCAUCAUCAUCAUCAUCAACAUCAGCAGCAGCAGCAGCACAACCACAACGACUUCUGGAGAGACCAGGAGCAGAAGCUCAGACGCAACAUCCGGCCCCAGUUGGGCUGCCGCUCCGUGGAGGACUGCGCCGCCAAGGAGGGGCUGUACCUGGUGGAGCUGUCCGAGUUCGAGGAGCUGCUGGAGGGCUACCUGAGCCAGCUCCAGGGAUCUUCAUCCGAGGGCAGGGACAAGAUCAGGAAGCUGACCGCCGACUUCUUCGAGGACGGGGUGUUUAUCCACGACAGGGUUCUUUUCAGUGACUUCGCCGAGGACGUGGCGGACAUCCUGGAGGACACCGUGGACGUUUUAGGGGACGACGGGCAGAAGGACGACGAUUCCCUGGAGGAGCAGAUGGAGGAAUUUGAGCGAGAAGCCCUGUGGAAGUUCGCCGCCACAGCCUGAAAAAGACAAAGACGGAAACGGUGAAAUGCAACGUGAAGAUACAGCACAACCGGUGGUUUUCGAGGACAUUUGUUGCCUACCUUCUCUUCAGAGCUGUAAUUGUAGUUGGGAAAAAAAAGAGAGGUUGUGCCUCCCAUAAAUGUGUCCCUCUGAGUCUUUAAUUAUAAGCUAGACGUGUGCUUGUCAUUUUGGACUUAGUUGUUGUUACCUACCUCUGUCAGGUCAUGCCUCCUAAUGCAAAGUCCUUCAGUAAUGUGUUGUGUGGAUUUUCCUCUGCUAUAUAGAUUUCACAAUAUGUAGUGCAUGUUGCUGCUCAUAAUGUAAAUCCAAACUACUAAUACCUAGGUCACACUAAAAACAGCAUUUUAAGGAGAUUAUUGCAAAUAAUUCUGUGGAGCCCAGUGCAGCAGGGUUAAACACUUUACCGCUAAAAGGCUAGAUAAGUUGUCAAUUACUGAAGACGUGGUGAAUUGACUGUGAAAUUAUCUGGCACCUGACUUUCUGACUUGCAUGGGAAAACUACCGGCUGCCUCCUCCAAGCAGGUUUAAACAAAUACUAAAUAUUUUGCCGGCGCUAUUUGACUGGAGCCUGCUGUUAACGGUCCAAUCCCAGAGGACCAGAUCCCUGUUCUUUCAGUGAUAAGAGCCAGAUCGAGUUAGACCGGUUUUGUGUCAGCAGCUCAUUUAUUAGAUUUGGAAAAGCACAGACAGUGCGGGAGCCCCAAGCGUUCGAUUUCUACAUCUGACAGACUUUUCAUCCUCGGACUCCAACUGUCAGUUAACAGCAGAUAUGUGUGAUCUAACCACGAACCGGUUUGUGGAGCUUUUCAGCGCUGCAUCGAAAAGCAGCAGGACAAAGCAACAGCCAUAAAAACAUUCACAUCUACACCAUUUUUUUUUUACUUUUUUUUUUCUCUUUUGAUUAUGUUUUUUUAGACCACUAGUUUCCUUUGAUUAUUGUUUUUGUAACGUAGCCAUGGGGACCGCCAACACAUGAUCUACAUUUACUGGGUAUCCCAGAACAUUCAGUAAACAGUAUAGAGUUUAAUGAAAUGGAGCAAUCCCUUAAGUGUUUCAUUUAAUGGAUUUUUAAAUUCACCUUUAAGAGAUUGGCAACCAAACCAGUAUUUUAUUGUCUUUUGUAGCAAGGUUGAAGAUAUGCACAUUGUCGGUUCAGUUGUAAUUGUUUAGUUCUUGUAAAAAUAAUAACAAGAAAAACUGCUGCUUGUUUUGUUUUAGUUUUAAUGAGUUGUCCAAAAUGCAAACCAAGGAAAGUAUGCAGGAAGGUCCAUGAAGUAUCUCAGCAUUUCACCUCUUCUGCUGGUUGGUACGUCGUAAAGAUAAAGUUGUAUAUUUCUCAAUUCUUCUCGUUUGCUUUCAGUUUUUGAUUUUAGUUAUACUUAAUGGUGAAGCUUCUCCCCUUUAUGUGGACGUGAAGUUAAAGAAUGACAAGUUGUGAUUGUUUCUUGAUCUUUUUCAGUGAUUUGAAAGAAGGUUCGUUUCAUGUUUAUUUAUUCUGUCACACCACUGCUUUUCUUUCCUGUAUUUUUCAUGAGAAGAACCACCGCUUUUGUACGUAACAGGCCAUACACAUUGAAUGUGAAGACGAUGAAGUUAUCGGCUGUUUUGGUUUUCAGACAUAUAGUUUGCCAGCUACAGCUUAUGUGCCUUUAUAAUUAUUGAUAUGUUCAAUUGGACUGAAUAUCUUUGAUUGCGUUUGCUUCUAGAAGAUAAAAACAAUAAUACUGAUGGGAUACGUUUACACUACAUGUAACCGAACUGCUGUUUAUGGGGCAGAGAAUGAAUGUCACAGGGUUUACACAUUAAGUGUUGAUCUGACCAUUUGUUAAACAUUAUCGUUUCUGCUGUUUGUACAGGAGAAGUUUUUAUUUUUGAACGUGCUAAUAUUUAGACCAAAGGGAUUGGAAGAAAGUUGGAUCUCAACAAAAAGAGUUAAAUCAAUAUUUGAGGUGUUUUUGUCUCUGUUGGACGACAUCAGGGUGUAUUUUUUGAUGUACGAACUGGCUCAGAAGUGCAUGUAAAUGAUCCCUGAACAAAUGUAUGGAUACAUUUGGAGUAAUUCUCAUUUCUCUCUUCAUCAGUUAUGUCCUCUUUUAGGAAGUCAGUGUUAAGUUGAAUAAAUUUUUCAACAUAAAACGUG